CGCAAGAAGCGUGCGGGCGCAGGAGCACUUUGCGAUAGGAUGAGGCUCUUGGCUGGCGCGCGGUAGUACUAUGAUUUGGUAUGUGGCCACUUUGAUAGCAAGUGUGAUCAGCAUCCGAGGUCUUGCGGCUCAAGGUGCCCACGGCCUUCGAGAGGAGCCCGAGUUUGUGACGGCGAGAGCUGGCGAGGCUGUGGUCCUGCGAUGCGACGUGAUCCACCCGGUGACGGGGCAGCCCCCGCCUUAUGUUGUAGAGUGGUUCAAGUUUGGGGUGCCCAUCCCUAUCUUCAUCAAGUUUGGCUACUAUCCCCCCCAUGUGGACCCAGAGUAUGCAGGCCGGGCAAGUCUUCAUGACAAAGCAUCCUUGCGGUUGGAGCAGGUUCGUUCUGAGGACCAGGGCUGGUACGAGUGCAAAGUGCUCAUGCUGGACCAGCAGUAUGACACCUUCCACAACGGCAGCUGGGUGCACCUCACCAUCAACGCUCCUCCUACCUUUACAGAAACACCCCCCCAGUACAUUGAGGCCAAGGAGGGUGGCAGUAUUACCAUGACCUGCACAGCUUUUGGGAAUCCCAAGCCCAUUGUCACCUGGCUCAAGGAGGGGACACUCCUAGGUGCUAGUGGGAAAUACCAGGUGAGUGACGGCAGCCUGACGGUGACAUCAGUGAGUCGGGAAGAUAGAGGAGCCUACACCUGUCGUGCAUAUAGCAUCCAGGGGGAGGCCAUCCACACCACCCACCUGCUUGUCCAAGGGCCUCCCUUCAUAGUCUCCCCUCCUGAGAACAUCACUGUCAACAUUUCCCAGGAUGCUCUGCUCACCUGCCGGGCCGAGGCGUAUCCCGGCAACCUCACUUACACCUGGUACUGGCAGGACGAGAAUGUCUACUUCCAGAAUGACCUGAAGCUGAGAGUGCGGAUCCUGAUUGACGGCACCCUGAUCAUCUUCCGGGUGAAGCCUGAGGAUGCCGGAAAGUACACCUGUGUCCCGAGCAACAGCCUGGGGCGCUCCCCCUCUGCCUCAGCGUACCUGACGGUGCAAUACCCAGCCCGUGUGCUCAACAUGCCCCCGGUAAUCUAUGUGCCUGUGGGGAUUCAUGGUUAUAUCCGCUGCCCUGUGGAUGCAGAGCCACCGGCUACCGUGGUCAAAUGGAACAAGGAUGGCCGCCCGCUUCAGGUCGAGAAGAACCUGGGUUGGACCUUAAUGGAAGAUGGCUCCAUUCGCAUUGAGGAGGCCACAGAGGAGGCUCUUGGCACUUACACCUGUGUGCCUUACAACACUCUGGGGACCAUGGGCCAGUCUGCUCCUGCGAGGCUUGUCCUGAAGGAUCCCCCUUACUUUACGGUGCUACCAGGCUGGGAGUACAGACAGGAGGCCGGCCGAGAGCUGCUCAUCCCCUGCGCUGCCGCAGGGGACCCCUUUCCUGUCAUCACAUGGAGAAAGGUAGGGAAGCCCAGCAGAAGCAAGCACAACGCCCUGCCCAGCGGGAGCCUCCAGUUUCGAGCCCUGAGUAAGGAGGACCACGGGGAGUGGGAGUGCAUCGCCACCAACGUGGUCACCAGCGUCACUGCCAGUACCCACCUGACCGUCAUCGGCACCAGCCCCCAUGCCCCGGCCAGUGUCCGGGUCCAGGUCUCCAUGACAACUGCCAACGUGUCCUGGGAGCCAGGCUAUGAUGGAGGAUACGAGCAGACAUUCUCAGUUUGGAUGAAGCGGGCACAGUUCGGGCCCCACGACUGGCUGUCUUUGCCAGUGCCACCAGGACCCACCUGGUUGCUGGUGGACACCCUGGAGCCCGAGACAGCAUACCAGUUCAGCGUCCUGGCCCAGAAUAAGCUGGGAACCAGCGCCUUCAGUGAGGUGGUCACUGUGAACACUUUAGCAUUCCCUAUCACAACUCCAGAACCCCUGGUGCUGGUUACCCCACCGAGGUGCCUCACAGCCAAUCGGACCCAGCAGGGUGUGCUCCUGUCUUGGCUCCCCCCUGCCAACCACAGCUUUCCCAUCGAUCGCUACGUCAUGGAGUUUCGCGUGGCAGAGCGUUGGGAGACUUUAGAUGAUGCCAUUCCAGGCACUGAUGGAGAAUUCUUUGCUAAGGAUCUGUCACAGGACACCUGGUACGAGUUCCGGGUUCUGGCCGUCAUGCAGGAUCUGAUCAGCGAGCCCAGCAACAUCGCGGGUGUCUCCAGCACAGACAUCUUCCCACAGCCAGACCUGACCGACGACGGGCUCGCGCGGCCUGUGUUGGCUGGAAUCGUAGCUACCAUCUGCUUCUUAGCGGCUGCCAUCCUAUUCAGCACCCUGGCCGCCUGCUUCGUCAACAAGCAGCGCAAGCGUAAGCUCAAGCGCAAAAAAGACCCCCCACUCUCCAUCACUCACUGCAGGAAGAGUCUAGAGUCUCCCUUGUCCUCUGGCAAGGUGAGCCCCGAGAGCAUCCGGACACUCCGGGCGCCAUCAGAGUCUUCCGAUGACCAAGGUCAGCCAGCAGCCAAAAGGAUGCUCAGCCCCACCCGGGAGAAGGAGCUGUCGUUAUACAAGAAAACCAAAAGGGCAAUCAGCAGCAAGAAGUACAGCGUGGCUAAGGCGGAGGCAGAGGCCGAGGCAACUACACCCAUCGAGCUGAUCAGCAGAGGUCCCGAUGGCCGCUUUGUGAUGGAGCCCUCCGAGAUGGAGCCCUCCAUGAAGAGCAGGCGCAUCGAGGGCUUUCCCUUUGCAGAGGAGACGGACAUGUACCCCGAGUUCCGCCAGUCAGAUGAGGAGAAUGAUGACCCGCUAGUGCCCACAUCUGUGGCUGCCCUGAAGUCCCAGCUGACCCCUCUGUCAUCCAGCCAGGAGUCCUACCUGCCACCACCAGCAUACAGCCCUCGGUUCCAGCCCCGUGGGCUGGAGGGACCCAGCGGCCUGGAAGGUCGACUCCAGGCUACGGGCCAGGCCAGGCCCCCCGCCCCCCGGCCCUUCCACCAUGGCCAGUAUUAUGGGUACCUGAGCAGCAGCAGCCCUGGGGAGGUGGAGCCUCCACCCUUCUACAUGCCGGAAGUGGGCAGCCCCUUGAGCUCUGUCAUGUCCUCCCCACCCCUGCACACCGAGGGGCCUUUUGGCCACCCCACCAUCCCCGAGGAAAACGGAGAGAAUUGUUCGAACAGCACGCUGCCCUUGACUCAGACACCCACAGGAGGGCGCUCCCCUGAGCCCUGGGGCCGGCCAGAGUUCCCCUUUGGGGGACUGGAAACCCCAGCCAUGAUGUUCCCCCACCAGCUGCACCCCUGUGACGUGACCGAGAGUCUGCAGUCCAAGGCCUGCCUCCCCCGAGGACUGCCCCCCUCCUCCCUCCAGGUACCCUCGGCCUACCCAGGCAUCCUGUCUCUGGAGGCACCAAAGGGUUGGGCAGGCAAGUCGCCAGGCAGAGGCCCCGUCCCAGUGCCCGCCGCCACCAAGUGGCAGGAUAGACCUAUGCAACCUCUGGUGAGCCAAGGGCAGCUAAGACAUACCAGCCAAGGUAUGGGCAUACCCGUGUUGCCUUACCCCGAGCCGGCUGAGCCCGGGGGGCACGGUGGCCCCAGCACAUUUGGCCUGGACACUCGGUGGUAUGAGCCCCAGCCCCGGCCCCGGCCCAGCCCCCGGCAGGCCAGGCGCACCGAGCCCAGUUUACAUCAAGUGGUGCUACAGCCCUCCCGGCUCUCGCCUCUGACCCAAAGUCCCCUCAGCUCCCGUACUGGCUCCCCUGAGCUGGCCGCCCGGGCCCGGCCCCGCCCGGGGCUCUUGCAGCAGGCGGAGAUGUCUGAGAUCACUCUCCAGCCGCCGGCCGCUGUCAGCUUCUCUCGAAAGUCUACGCCCUCGUCCACCGGCUCUCCCUCCCAGAGCAGCCGCAGCGGGAGCCCCAGCUUCCGGCCCACCAUGGGCUUCACUACUCUGGCCACAGGCUACCCCUCCCCUCCGCCUGGUCCCACAGGACCUGGGGACAACUUGGAUGUGUUUGGACAGGCGCCUUCCCCUCGAAGGAUGGGGGAGGAGCUGCUCAGACCAGAGGCCCCCCCACCACCAUUACCUACUUCAGGAACACAUCCACCUGCACCCGGGAAUGCUGCUGCACCUGAGAGGCUGGAGGCUCUGAAAUACCAACGGAUAAAGAAGCCCAAAAAGUCAUCUAAGGGCUCUUCGAAGUCAAAGAAACGAUCCGACGGUUCUGCCUCCCAGGCUCAGCAGCUUCCAAACUCUCAGGUUCUGUGGCCCGAUGAAGCUGUCUGCCUCCGAAAGAAGAAGAGACAUUCCCGGCCUGACCCUUUUGCCCGGCUCUCAGACUUGUAUCACCGCCAGCUUCCAGAAGACCAGACGGCAAUUCUCAACAGCAUGGACCAGGACGACCCCGGCCACGCUACUCUGCUGUGACACCACACGAUUCUGAGCGCCCCCAGAGCAAGGAUGCCAGGCUGAGGGGAGGCGGGGUGUACGAUGAAGGGUGUGCUGCCCCCCCUCAUCCUUCUUCUCAGAGGAGGGCCUUAGACCUCAGCUUGCCCCCGCUCCUGCCAGAGUAGGGGGGUCUCCUCUGAGUCCUCGUUUCCAGGACAGGGGUUCGGGGCAGAGCUCUCUCUGUAGGUAGAGAUCGAGAAGUGAACUGGGGACAGGGAGAUCUGCCUCCUCCCACCUCUCCCUUCUUCACUAGAUUAGUUUUUCUCACCUCUUCAAACACCUUUGAAAGUGAAGAAGAGGAAAGCAAUGACUUUUACUGCUCUCUGCUUCUGUUUCUGGUUUUCAAGUCUCGGAAGUGGGUUGGCCUUCCAUGCGGUCUUCCAGACCCUACAUAUAUAUAGAUAUAGAUACAAAUGCACAUGUAUGUAGUUGGUGGGUUUCUCUAUGUGUAUAUAUAUGUACAUUGAAGCAAAGUGCUAUGGAUUUCUGUGGCCAAUGAGAGGAGGAGGAAGAGGCAGCAGACGUGGGGCUUGUGGCUGGGUGCCCCCUGUCUCUGUCUUGGCUGUUCUCCCUGAAACAGAAUUCAUGCCUUCUCAGCCGAAUUCACUCUCUGUCUCUACCUUCUCCCAUGCAGAGCAUAAGUGUGGGCUUCCCACGAUUACUGGCUAUCUGCUUUGGGGGUCCAGCAAUGAGAACUAAACCAAGCCUUUAUUUCUUGCCUCCUGGAUGACAAAGGGUGGGUAGGCAGAGGGCCAGACUGGCAUCUUUCCUCCUUCCACCAUUUGGCUCAUGCUUCAGAAGCAGAAGUUGCUUCAGAGUAGGCCUGAGAGACAGGCCCAAACCCAAGCUCAUCUGCCAGUCCCUUUUGGUCCAGCCGGAGCCAGCGGCCUUGUGGCCAAAGGGCCUCCCAUUCUGGAACCAUCUGUGCUCAGCACUGAGCUGCCGCAGCUCUAUUUAUAUCUGCCUCUGGCUCGGCACCCUCUGGAGUGCUGUUCCAAAGCCGCUGAUUGGAUUCCUCCUUUUCUUUUGUGGGAGCUAAUUCCCCAGAUUGAUUAAUUGCCACUUGUGGGGAGCCCGCCUGUGGCUCCCUUCCUUGCUCUCCACGUGCCGCCUGCCGACUCCUCUUUGCCCUGGGGCCUCCUCCACCCCAUGGACCCACGCUCCAAUGGGAUGGGAGCAGACGAAGCUAGGAAGCCUCUGUUUUCUGGGGUGCUCUGGAUCCCCCCCUCUUUGUCCAGUUCUAUUUAUGUGGACCUGGCUGAGGCAUGGGGAUGGCUUGUGACAGGGGUGGUAGCUGGGGGCAUGGGCUCUGAUCCUUUCUCUGCCAAAAUCUUGUUCUAGUUCAAACUGUUAGCACCCAGAGCUUCUGUGAGGUUACCUUACAGUGAUUCUUCCAAUAAGAUAAUGGUGCUGCCCAAGAAAAGGGCAGAGGCCCUGAUGGGGGAUGGGGCUGCAUGGGCUCUCUUCCUGUGAAAGGAGCCAUCCUUCUAGCUGCCCUGCAGUAAAGGUGGCGCUGAGCUUCCUUGAAGUAUUUCCUUCUUGGUGCUGCUGUCUCAAUGGGUGAGGGGACAUUCACUGCUCCCCUUCUACCUGCUUGGACAUUGGCCAAGUCAAAGCAUUGGAGGCUUUAACUAGUCUCGCUGCAGUUUGCCAAUGGCUCAGUCCAAUGACCUAGACAAGGGAGGCCCUGAGAACCCAGAAUUGCUCUUUCUGGGAGCUUCCAUCUUAGGAAAUCUUCUCUGCCAAACAGACCCCGGUGCUUCCUUUCUCUCACCUGGUGAGCGGGGACCAACUCCACCCUUGGGGUACUGCAUGCAAGUUACAUGACCACAGCUCAUUUUUGAACUUGACAGUCAUAACGAAAGAGUUCCUGCCCCAUUCCCCGAGGUUGGGCCUGGUGCCUGUGUGGGAGAACUCCUCUGGGGGUCCAACUCACAUUACUGCUGGGCCAGCAAUUCCAGUGAGUGGAAAAGCAGAGGCUGGAAGACUCCAUCCUCUUGAGGCAGCAUUACCUCUGCCACUAUGCCCACAUAAAAUGACUCACCGAGUACCUCUUGUGGGGUGCAGGCUUGGAGGUGGGGUCUCACACCAGGUGGCCUUUGUAACCUCACAGCAUGGUUCCUCCAGCAAGGUGGAUUUCUGCUGGAAUAUGAAUUGUGAGAUAUCAGGUCUGCAGAACAUCAGGAAAAUUUGGCCAAGCUUUCUGAGCCUCAUGCUGCAAAUUCUAGGCCCUGAGGUUUCACAGGAAGAGAAAAUGAGGUGGAAUGCUUUGCUUCCUUAGGAUGUUGUAAGGACUGUGGUGCCUCAGAUGCUGUCCGUGUGUUCCCUGGGGACACACCACCUCAAGAUGUCCCCAGUGCUAACACUGGUGCUGACUUGUUCCUUUCUCUGGCAGUGCCCCUUACCUCAGCACUUCAGACCAAAUUAGGGAAGCCCAUGCUUUCUGGUGGCUGCUGGGUAGCAGCUGUGCUGGGGCAGCCCCAGGCUUGGGAAAGGCCAACCUGUCUCCCAGUGGCCUCACAUUCAUUUCUCCUCCAAAGAGGGGUUCUUUCUUGCAAUGGUGUCCUUGGAGGCCAGCAGCCUUCCUGCGUCCCCAGGAGCUGUUUUACUCCUUCCUUUAAGAACUGCAGUGGAAGGAUAUGGUCCCCUCUCUCCUUGUGAUGCAGGCCAAGGAUGUCCCAGACACACACGUUGCUGGCUGUGUGCAAGCGUGUGAGGGUGUGGGUGUAUGCGCGUGAUCGGGCUGCAGCCAUUUCUAGGGAACAUAUGUCCUUUGUCCCCUGCCUUCGGACCAUUGGAUGAGCAUUAGUGAGUUUCCUAGGACGUCCACAUGCCAAUCGGUGGGAAGUCAGAGGUCUUCCAAGCUUCCCCCUGUGUGGCGUGGCAGCCUUGCAGUAGAAGUGGCUCAGAUAAAAAUCUAUUCUUGGGUCUCAGACUGUUUUCUGCCCCUGAAAAGUGAGUCUUGACUGGAAAGCUGUUUCAGGGUUAGGUGACCAGGAAAAGGGCAAAAUGAUUCUUGAAGGGGCCUGAGGCUGCAGGCACUUGGGGAGUCUGGGAAUCGUUUGGGGAAGACAAUAAGCAAUAUGAAGGCUGUUUCGUGACUGCUGGUUGGCCAGGCUGAGUAGGUUCCUGGCUUGAGUGGGGUAAUGUAAUGUGUAUGGACUGUGAUAUGUUCCUCACCCUCACAGGAGGAGGAAACCCCAUGGUCUCCCCUGCCCUUCUCCCUAGGAGCUUACCUCCGUGAGAGGAGUCUUAUGAGGGGCCUUUUGAAAUUUCACUUUCUCCACAGAAAGGGGACUUUGUUCUGUGGGGCUGGCAGGAUCUGUGACCCCCUUUGUGGAGGGGACUGUGUCCCAUGUUCAUGCUCUUGGGGGGUCUCAAGCAAGAGUGAAUUGAGGUGAGGCGUGAUUAAUAUUUUUCAAUGGUCUCUGUCUUGAUUUUGGAUUUGGGGGUCUGAAAUAUUUGCAGUCAAACUGAUUUUAGUUGUUUUCCUUUGUCCUUUUCAUCCAGAGAUUCAGAUGUGGAAUUUCCUGAAUUUCCUUUAUUUGGGGGGGCAAGGUGGAUUAAAAAGUAGCUUCAAGGGAGAAACAGACUUCACAGAGCAUCGGGAUCUGAUCCUGGCUCCCACUUCCCAGGAUUAGAACCCAGGGCUGAAGUGUAUGUGCCUGGAGCUGUU